AUGGUUAUUGCAGAGAGGCUGUCUGAGAAAGAAAUUGGUGGUUUGAAAGUGUGCUAUUCGACGAACUGGUUAGAAAUUCCAUGUAUGUGUGGAGGAUUGCAAAUUGACAGCGAACAUAGCUGGGCAGAUGUGGUCAAAUGGAGUGAUGAGCUUGGGUGUAGACAAUUAACCUCGGAGAUGCAUUUGCGUGUAGAUGAUUAUUUCCCGUUGAAGUGGCUAGACAUUAAGAUAUUUGAACGUGUUGAAGGUAACUCGAACUGGAAAAUUAAUUCGUGUGACACUUUGGCAGGAUACAACGACAAACAUGCCUUAAUCCAUACAUAUGCUUUUGUGGAAUCGAUUAUUCUGUCUGGUUUUGCUUCGAGUUGGAUUACAUUGUAUGUGAAUGCUUUUAUGGUUGAGAAAUUGAAGGAACACGAUAGGGUGAUAAUGAGGAAUAGAAGUCGGAAGAUGGAGUGA